AUUACUCUUCAGAUAUUGUCGUGUGUGUUGGCAGCGGCCGCGGCUGACUUGCGUCAGACCUACAGUCUACCAGCGCCCUCUGGCCAAGGCUUCUCCAUCGGCAGCUCAUCUGCUGGUUUCGGAUCCUUUGGAGGCGGUGCAGGAUCAUUUGGAGGCGGUGUAGGAUCAUUUGCAGGCGGUGCAGGAUCCAUCGGUGGUUCACAGUUCUCUAGCUCUGUGGUCAGCUGUGGCCAAGGACAGGUCCGGCAUGUGGACGGCAGCUGUGUAACUCCUCAGGUCACCCGAAACCUGUUCCUGUACAAAGUCCCUUCAGCAACCCCGAUCAUUGGUCCAAGACCAAACGUUCCUCCUCCAAGGGUUGAGGACAACAUUUUAUUCAUCCAAUACCCAGAGGAACUUCUGAGCCAAGAACCGAUUGUGGUUCCUCCUCCACAACAGAGGAACGUGGUGUACGUCCUCAACAAGCGGCCUCAUCAUGACCAUAAGGUUAUUCACGCACCAGGACCUGAACAGCCAGCUCCCGAGGUGUACUUCGUCAACUAUGCUGAGGGCGAGAACCCGUCUUUACCCAGCGGUGGGGACCUCCAGUCUGCCCUCAACACCGCCUCUGAGGGCGGCGGUGAGCUCAUCGGCAGUAGCGGUGGCAGCGUUGGCGGCGGCAGUGGUAUUGUUGGCGGAGGCGUGAGCGGAACAUCAGGCGCCGCUGCUCCGUCUGGUGUAUAUGGUCUGCCCUAAGAUGGAACUUCAGCAGGUUAAAUUGUACUACUUUAAACAGUGUAAUAUACUUAGAUGAAUCAAUAUAUAGGGCUUUGGAUUCUUUAAAUAAUUGUAAUGUAUUAAUUUGUAUUUAUUUUUAAUUAAAAAAUUGUGCUCAAAGUCGUAUCAAAUAAGCCAGACUAACCAAUUUUAUUGACAGAAUAAAGUAUAUAUUCUA